CAGAGGACAUUUAAAUGGCCACGGUGAAGAGCCGAACCGCUCCGUAAUAACGCUGUUAUUCAGGCAAACAGCCGCACAAACUGCGCCUCAGUCGGCGCACGACCGCUCUCUGUCUGCCCCAAAGUCGCAGUUCGUUCGCAAAAUAAAAACAGAAAGAUGAGCGACGAGGACGACUUCUUGCAGAAAGCCCGAACCGGGUUCGAGGAUCUGUGCCGAGCCCUGAAUAUGGACGAAGAGGCGAGUGCCGAAGCGUGGAAGAGCUACGAGAACAUCAGCAGAAACUUCACUCUGGAGGGCAGCGAGCUGCACUGGUUGGCCUGUUCCCUCUACGUGGCCUGCAGGUCCACGGUACCAACAGUGGGUAAAGGUACCACUGAGGGUAACUACGUCUCUCUGACCAGAAUCCUCCACUGCGCCGACAUGAGCCUGAUUGAGUUCUUUAACAAGAUGAAGAAGUGGCAGGACAUGGCCGACCUGCCGCAGGACUUCCGUCAGAGCACCGAGAAGCUGGAGAGGAACUUCACCGUGUCGGCCGUCAUCUUCAAGAAGUACGUCCCCGUCUUCAGGUCCAUCUUCAAGGCGCCGUCAGAGGAGCCGCCGCGAGUUCACCGCAGCCGCAAACAAAGACGCCACCCCUGUACCGUGAGCGAGAUCUUCAACUUCUGCUGGGUGCUGUUCGUCCACGCUAAAGGGAACUUCCCCAUGAUCAGCGACGACCUGGUGAACUCAUACCACCUGCUGCUGAGCGCACUCGACCUCGUCUUCACCAACGCGCUGCUGUGCAACGCCAGGAAGGACCUGCUCAACCCGGACUUCAAAGGUCUGCCCGAGGACUUCAGCAGUAAGGACUUCAGGCCGUCUCCAGGCCCGUUCUGCUUCAUCGAGCAGCUCUGUGAACUCCAUGAUGGCCUGGUUCUGGAGGCCAAAGGAGUUAAAGAGCACUUCUGGAAACCCUUCAUCAAGAAGCUCUUCCACAAGCGGAUUCUCAGAGGGAAAGAAGACAGUCUGACCGGCUUUCUGGAUCCCAUGAACUUUGGAGACAGUUUCCUGGCGCUCAGUCGUCUCUAUGAGGAACACGUUCUGGCCACCGGCAGUCUGGACGAGAGAAUCUUCAUCGGGGACGGGGCCAACGAGGACAUCGGGACCCCGGGGCCCUCCCUGGGGGAGGGGACGGAGAACCAGGACACCUACAGACUCCACACCAGCCUCAUCGCUUCGGGUCUGAAGGUGUCCUCCCCUCUGACUGGAAGUAAGUACGUCCAGGAGAUCCGCCUGGCGUCUCCGCUGUCCUCUGCCAUGAAGAGCGUUGGACGUCUUCACACCUUGCUGUCUGGGACUAAACAGGGACCGAGUCCCAAGCUGGCAGAGACUCUUAGGGGCUGCGCCAGAGACCCCAGUGAUGUCAUCAGCCGCCGCCUGAAGAACAUGUUUGACGUCUUUUCCCAGCAUCAUGAGGACAGCGGUGCGGACAGCAGGGGGACGGGCAAAGACGUGGCGGUGAGGUACUUCCACCUGGCGGAGGCACUCUACUACAGGAUCCUGGAGUCCAUCAUCGACAGGGAGAAGAUGAUCCUGGGAGACGCCGACCUGUCAUGUAUUCUGGAGCAGGACGUCUUCCAUCGCUCCCUGCUGGCCUGCUGCCUGGAGAUCGUCACCUUCUCCUACAGACCGCCAGGAGAUUUCCCCAACGUGAUUGCCAUCUUCCAGCUCCCCGCCUAUCACUUCUACAAGGUGAUCGAGGUGUUGGUGCGGGCGGAGCAAGGUCUGUUUCGGGAGGUGGUGAAGCACCUGAACCAGGUGGAGGAGCAGGUUCUGGACAAUCUCGCCUGGACCAGCGACUCACCGCUUUGGCAGAGCCUCCGUGAAGCCAAAGACCGCGUCCCUUCCUGCCAGGAGGUGAUGCCUCCUCAGUAUCUGGAACAAAAUGAUGACAGCAGCACGGGCGGCGCCCCGGUCACACCCGUCACCCACGGACCUGAGCUCAGCUCAAACAGCGCCAUCAAAGGUGUGUCCCCCUCUCCCACCACCCUGUUGGACCGGUACAGCUCACCCCCCACCAGUGGGUUUCGCCGCCGCCUGUUUGUGGACCCAGUGGAGGGAGAGAUUGGUGUCACCUCCACCAGCACCACUGGAGCAGAACAGACAGCUACCACUAAGACCAGCCAGACCAGCCUCAUCACUGCCAUCCCAGCAGGGCAGACUGUGGUCACCAUGGCAACUGCUACUGUUACUGCCAACAACGGCCAGACAGUGACCAUACCCGUUCAAGGGAUAGCCAAUGAAAGUGGAGGCAUCACCUUUAUCCCAGUGCAGGUGGGCGGAGCUACGCUGCAGCCACUGUCUGCCCAGAAUCUGACCAGCGCCCUCACCAUCCAAUCAGCUGUCACUAAACCAACUGCCAAAGCAUCCAGCAGGCCAGUGAAGAAAGGCUCCCUGUCCCUGUUCUUCAGGAAGGUUUACCACCUGGCCAGCGUCCGUCUCAGAGACCUCUGUGCCAAACUGGACAUUUCGUCUGAGCUGAGAAGGAAGAUCUGGACUUGCUUUGAAUAUUCUCUGGUCCACAGCACGGAGAUGAUGAAGGACCGUCACCUGGACCAGCUGCUCAUGUGUGCCGUUUACGUCAUGGCCAAAGUGACCAAAGAGGAGAGAUCCUUCCAGAACAUCAUGAAGUGUUACCGCUCUCAGCCUCAGGCCAGCAGCAACGUCUACAGGAGUGUGUUGAUCUCAGGAAGAAGGAGGCGUCCGUCCGCAACCAGCGACGCCAACAAACUGAGCUCACCAGCUGACAGCAGCCAGGAUCCAGCAGGUGGAGACAUCAGCCCGGUUCCGAUCCGCUCCAGCAGCACCCUGCCGGCCCCCCAGCCCAGCAGCACCCCCUCCACCCCCACUAACAGAAUCUCCUCCUCUUCCUCCUCCACGGCAGAGGGAGCUGAGGAAGAUCGAGGAGACCUGAUCCUCUUCUACAACAAUGUCUACAUCAAACAGAUGCGACAGUUCGCACUGAAAUACUCGCCCAGCUCGCCCUCCGCCGGAGUGGAGACCCCCCCUCUGUGUCCAUACCCCACCCUGAGGACCGGCUCUCCUCGGCGGAUGCUUCUCUCCAGCAAACACUCUAUCUACAUCUCGCCUCACAAGACAGGCUCCACCCCCUCACCAUCAGUCCCGCGGGACAGGAUUUCCUACUACAUCUGCAGCAGCCCCCCCAACCGUCUCCAGGAGAUCAACAGCAUGAUCCGGACCGGAGAGACUCCCACCAGGAAGCGCAGCAUUCCUCUGGAUGAGGAGACGUCUCCCAAACGCGUUUGUCCCGACAACCACACGGCUCUGCUGAGACGCUUGCAGGACAUCGCCAACGACCGAAGCUCUUCCCACUGACCUGAUUGACAGCUGAAUCUCAGAUCAGGUCUGAAGACGAAGACCGGAACCAGGACCACUGAUGAUGUCCAGUUUAGUUUUUGUGGUUUAACAGAACAUCAGUGAUUAAGAAAACUUCUGGAAUCAGCUGAUGAAGAUCAGCAGCCUCCUGCUUUUUAAACUUUUAAACUUUGUUUUUCAUCUUUUAAACUCAUUUUCUUUCUGUUUCCUUCUCUUUGUCCUGUCACCAUGGCGAUCUUAGUGUAAAUAUGUACAGAAGAGAAACUUAUUUAUAAGAGCUGAUGGAAGUAAAGUGCCUUUGUUUUUACUGUUUGUUUACAUCCUGCAGAUUUCCCUUUAUUAGAUUUCUGAUUGUAAACAAAUGGAAUAAAAGGUAUGAAGUGA